UUGUAGAAACGGCAAGAAACUUGUCAAAAUGGAAAUGAGAGUAGCAAAAAUAUCCAAAGCUGAACGGACACAGGAUUGAAAUAGCCUAAAUCGACGUUUUAAAAGUUCAGUUAAUUUAAGUAACCAUUCUUGCGGGUCAUUUAAAUAUAUUUUUACUUUUGUUAACCACUGGGAACGCUUCCGCUUUGGCAUGUUGUCCUGAGGAUUAAGUGUCCUGACACCAGGGAAGACUCCACUGUUUGCACGCCGAAGUAACGCUCAAGUCUUAUUUACAGCUUUUUUUUUUUGAGGCCAAAGUAGGUAUAAUAACUUGUUAACGAAUGUGUAUCAACUUUAACUAGUGGGUGUCGGCGGACAAAAAAAGAUUAUGGACAGACGUGAGAGCGUUUCAUCUUUACGUCACAGCUGAGUUCAAGGUCCAUGCCAGAGUAAAAGUAAUCAAAACUCCUGUUCACGUGAACUCAGACAGCUUUUCAUAAUGGCAGAGUCCGCCGACAGUCGCGUCAAAACUUUAAACUUCAACGUCGGCGUGCUCGGACAUGUGGACAGCGGGAAGACUUCUCUGGCCCGGGCGCUGAGCAGCACCGCCUCCACGGCUGCCUUCGACAAGAACCCGCAGUCCCGUGAGAGGGGCAUCACGCUGGACCUCGGCUUCUCCUCCUUCACGGUGGAUCUGCCCGACCACCUGCGGGACGCUGAAGGCAAGCAGCCCUAUGACAGCCUGCAGUUCACUUUGGUGGAUUGUCCGGGCCACGCCUCUCUUAUUCGGACUAUCAUUGGAGGUGCCCAAAUCAUCGACCUGAUGAUGCUGGUGGUGGAUGUGGUGAAGGGGCUGCAGACCCAGACUGCAGAGUGUCUGCUGAUAGGGGAGCUGACCUGCCCUCGCAUGGUGGUCGUCCUGAACAAAACUGACUUGCUGCCGCCCAACAAGAGACAGAGUGCUAUUGAGAAGAUGACCAAGAGACUGCACAAAACACUGGAGAGCACCAGGUUCAAGAAUUGUCCUGUGAUUUCUGUGGCAGCGAAGCCUGGGGGUCCUGAGGCCUCUGACACAGAGGAGCCACAAGGAGUGCCUGAGUUAAUAGAGCUACUGAAGAAACAGACGUACCUCCCUAAGAGAGACCCUGCUGGUGACCUUCUGAUGGCAGUGGACCAUUGCUUCUCCAUACGUGGUCAGGGGACAGUCAUGACUGGAACCAUUUUGCAGGGCUCGUUGGCCAUCAAUGACACCGUAGAAAUCCCAGCGCUGAAGGUCACCAAGAAGAUAAAGUCGGUACAGAUGUUUCGGAAGCCGGUGUCGGGGGCCAUGCAGGGGGACCGCGUGGGUGUGUGUGUGACACAGUUCGACCCUAAACUGUUAGAGCGUGGUGUGGUUUGCACCCCAGGGUCCCUGCGCACCCUCUAUGCUGCUGUCAUCUCUGUGAGGAAAAUAGGCUACUUCAAGGGCUCUCUUGCCACUCGUGCCAAGUUCCACAUCACAGUGGGUCACGAGACAGUCAUGGCGAGGGUUACUUUCUUCGGCCUGCCACCUCUGGGUGCCUCAGACACUAAACCAACCCCAUCUGAGCCCUGCUCACUGGAAACAGCGUUCACCCUCGACAGGGAGUACUUCUACCAGGAGGAGUAUGUAACCAGCCAGGGAGAGGGAAGUUCAGGACCGGACCCUGAGCAGUGGGCCUUGUUGGAGUUUGAGCGGCCAGUCACAUGCCCCUCACUCUGCCUGGUGAUUGGUUCCAAGCUGGACACAGACAUUCACGCCAAUGCAUGCCGGUUAGCUUUCCAGGGCUGUCUGCUGCAGGGGUUUGAAGAUAAAGGCUACGCUGAGACGGUCCUGCCUUCUCUGCGCAUCUACAAAACCAAACACAAGGAGGGACAGGUGGAAAGGGUGACCGACGAUUACACCGUGAUCGGGCGCAACCUGUUCAAAAAGGAGACCAACCUCCAGCUCUUUGUGGGGUUAAAGGUCACACUGUCGACUGGCGAGACUGCCGUUAUCGAGGGUGGGUUUGGACAGAGUGGGAAGUUCAAGAUUCGGAUACAAGAGGGUCUUUUACCAGACACCAAGCAGUUGUUGUCCUCCACCUCUAAGAAGAAAGGCAAGGGUGGAGGCAAAGGCGAAAACGAAAACGAAGAGGAGCCCAAAAUGGAUUCUCAGCCUGUUAGCAUUCACUUGCAUUUUAAGCGGUACGUCUACGAUCCCCACAAAAAGAUGGUUCAGUCCUGACCUUUGUUGCUCACACUUCAGCCUGAAACUGUGUAGCAGUGUUUGAGACAGGCAGAGUCAGAGGUCCUGUGGAGGUAAAAAAAAAAAAACGGGGAAAGCAGGCCUCUGUAUCAGGGCGGUGAUUGCUUUUUUUUCCAUCAGCCUCUUCUUCUGGGGAUGGAGACAGUCUGCUGAAAUGCGCUGAUUGAGGAAUGCUGAACGCAUAUGUAACAAUGAUUGUUUUGUCUUCUUUUAUGGAGAUAAACUAAAUCCAGUUUGUUCCGUCACAAGCUGCUUUUCUCUUCCUCAUUGGAGUUGUCUUUAAAAAAUCGGUAAUUUUGUUCUCCCCCUUCAAUCGCAAUAAAUUCCUUUGACGUG